AUGAGUGUGACAACAGAGCUUGCUGGCCUGGUGCGACGUCUCUCGCCACAAGCAUACGAACGAGUGCUCCUUCUCCUGCACUGCCUGAUCGCCAGCAGCGAAGACAACCAUUGCACCAGCAACCCACAGUCACUAUCUCUGAAGGCCAUUUGUGACGUUGCGCUCUGUGCGUGCCCGGGGCCGGUGCCUCGAUUUCUGUUUGCGCUGUCGAGCAACGACAAGCUGCUCCGAAGCGCUGACUGUGGACUCACCUGGCGCCUGUGUUUCUCCAGGUCCAGCGAACCUCGUAAAGCUGACGCAGCCGGCGCGCAGGAUCUCCUCGACGAUGUGACGAGCCUGCUCAAAUCCACGGUGGCCACCGAUGAUGUCGUCAGUGGCGAUGGUGCCUCGUCUGUUGUGUGCUGUGCAGAUGGCUACGGGGACAUUGUCGCCCUAUGCGGUCACAGCGGUUUCCUCGCAGUCUCAGGUGACAAGGGUGUGACUUUCACGACGGCGACGGAUUACUUGAUGAGCGACUUUGGUGAGAAGGCGCACCUCCGACACAUUUGCGUCUUGGACACCAACCGCAUUCUCGUGAGUGACGACCUACGAGUAGUGUGUGUGACUGUGCAGUGCGCUGGAUAUGGACUGGUUGCACUGGGAAAAGCACGCGUAGCGUUAGUGUGUGCCACACAAAUCUGCAUGCUGCACGCCUACUCCAUGGGUGGCGGCGCGCGCGGCGCCGCCGUGGCUGAAAACAGAAAGCUGCAUCUCUCGUUUGAUGGCGCUGUCUCGUUUGUGGAGGUGCGUCAUUGCCUUGGGCGUAUUCGUGACUUCGACACCACCGCUGCGUUGCGUCACUGCGAGCUUCCAGACUUCCCACAGGGAAACUUGGCGUCUUCACUGGGGCUGAUAAACACAGAGGUCAGCACCUCUCCCCCUCGGUCCGCCUCGGCGUAUGAUUACGUCAGCGGGUAUAAGCGCGAUACCUCAGCCAGCAAGGGAGAGUCAGCAGCGGCGUUGAUGCAAUUCGAAGCCGGUGCACUGCGAUACGGUGCUGAUGUCUUCUACCGUUUUUUCUUCGUGGCUGGCUGCGGCGCUGAGGUGCUUCCCUGCGACUACUCUGCCCUGCUGUGUGUGUGCACGCGGCGCGAGGAUAAUCACGUUUUUGUUAUAUCCACUGCAUCCUCUGUUUCCUACAUACCCUUCUCCCAAUCCCGGAGCCAUGGUCGGCUUCUCUGCGCUGUUGCUCGCAGCGCUGAUGGCAGCGGCAGUUACGUCGCCAGUCGAGGGAGUAUCGUUGGUACGAGCGUCUCUCGCGAUUUGGAUUGCUGGAGCACCCCGCGUGGAGCGGCACCUGUUGGGUUGCUGGCAGUGGGAGGUGGUGACAUUCUCACAUGUGGACGCAACAAGGUAGUGUCGCGAGUCGGAGGAGACGCCGAAGCGCACACAAUUCUAAGGGAUAUGCGUGUGCCUAUGCUGGUGACUGUCUUUCCGAUGUAA